AUGGCUGCAGCUGCAAAAUGUCUGCAAGGGCAAGUCAGGUGUCGCCGCAGGUGCAUCGGCACAACAUUUACACUGACGGACAGCUCAGAAUGUGGGUCAGAGCCGGAAGAGGAUGCAGACCCUUCUAAGCAUCUAACACCCCUGGAAAAGUUAACACUGGAAAUGUGUAAUGACGAAGAUAUCAUAAAGGAACUGACGGUGGGCAGAAGGGUGGGCUUCUACAAAGUCCGCGGUCAGAUCGGCUGUGGAAACUUUUCGAAGGUCAAACUGGCCAUCCACGCCCUCACCAAAGACAAGGUUGCCAUUAAGAUCAUGGAUAAGAUGAGGCUCGAUCUGCAGACCCAGAGGAUGCUGUCUAAAGAAAUCUCCAACAUGGAGAGAUUGUAUCACCCGAAUUUAUUGCAACUCUAUGAAGUACUGGAGACGCCAAGUCGGUUGUACCUGGUUUUGGAGUUCACCGGAGGAGGAGAUGUCCACACCAGAAUCAGCUCCGGAGGAAAACUCUCUGACCAAGAGAGCAAGACUGUAUUCGCCCAAAUCCUGUCAGCAGUUAAAUACAUGCAUGAGAACAACAUCAUCCAUCGUGAUCUGAAGGCAGAAAAUGUUCUUUAUACAACCAACUCCUGCAUAAAAGUGGCUGAUUUUGGCUUCAGCACAAGGGUCAACAAUCUCAACCAAGCCCUAGACACCUAUUGCGGUUCUCCUCCUUAUGCAGCUCCAGAACUCUUCAAAUAUGAGUCUUACAUCGGGCCACCUUCUUACAACGGGCCACCUGUGGAUGUGUGGGCAAUGGGCGUCCUACUUUUUCUCAUGGUGACUGGCACAUUGCCUUUCCGUGCUGACACNGUGGCCAAGUUGCACCAAAGCGUGCUGGAGGGUGACUACGUCCUGCCAACCUGGGUAUCAGCUCCAUGUCAGCGGCUGAUCAGGGGGAUCUUGAAGCCAGAACCUUCAGAGCGAUGCGCACUAGACCAGAUGCUGGGCUGUGAGUGGCUGCUGCCAGUGGAACUCUUCCGGCCAAUUCCUCCCUUAUACCAGCUCAACUCCAUCCAUCUAAUAGAGGCCGGCCCAGGGGAGUUAGACGGAGACCAGGAAGAGGUAAAAGGUAUCCUGGAGAAACUGGGAGUCACUCAGGAACAUAUUCUCAAUAACCAAGGAAAACGCAUUCGCAGUCCCAUUACAGGGGUUUACCGCAUACUACUGCACGGAGUUAAAAGAAACAAUGGAGCCGAGUCUGCACCUAUAAUCAGUGGAGUCGUCAAAGAUCCUAAAAGAGACAGUCUCCGUGCCUACAGGAACCUACGACACUCCUCAAAACUGUGUGUGCUUUCUUAAAGGCAUAGUUCAUCCCUUUUAUUCAGUCUUUUUCUCCAUAGUACGAUGAAAGUCAAUGGGGUCCAAAACAAUACUUGACCCCAAUGACUUUCAUUGCAUAUGUUCAAAACAGCAAUACA